UUUAAGCUUUCUGAAGCGUCUACAGAACAGACUUGUGCCAUGGGGCCUGAUCAGAAGCGGCCUUGAUUUCCAGUAUUGUAAGGCCCAGGUGUUGGUUGGUUUCAUUUGGUCUGGUCACACGCUUGCACUCCUCAGAAUAAAGGAAACUUAAAAACACAAUAAGUAAAUUAUCUACUGCAAAUACGGUGUUCAUUUGUAUUAAUGUAAUUAUGAAUAAACUUGAAACAAUGCAGUUGGAAAACCUUGGAGACAGGGAAGAUGUCAAAUGAUGCAGAACAACAAACUGACGUCAUCAGGAGGCGACGCUCCCUCCACAGAGCCACAACACUGCUUAGCGGCGUAGUGGGCGCACAGACACACAGGUUGCGUGAGUCACACGCUGUCCGCGUUGCAUGUCUCCAGUCACACAUCAGUGUGCGCAUCUGUCGACGCCCGAGCGCCGCCGCCCGUCGCGCACAUCUGUCCGUGCGUGACACACACCGCCCAGGCGAUGAUGGCGGACAGCGUCGGCUUCCAGACGCAGAUCGCGUCGAUUAUAGAGAUUCUAGCCAAUUCCGCUGUGGCUGAAAUCUGCAAGUUGGUAAACGAUGGCUACGCGGCGCUGCGCUCGCAGAUGGAGCAGGAGCGGGAGACGAGCGAGAAGGAAAACGAUGCUCUGCGGCAGAGGCUCCGAGACAUGGACGUGAAGAUCAGGAGCUACGAGAGGAAGAUGAGGAGACGGAGUCUCACCGCCGCUCAGUGCAGGCCACCCGAAGAACCCGACGAGCAUCAACCUCUUCCUGCCAGCUCUGAAGGCAAACACUGUCAUUACACUUCAAAGGACAAUGCUGCGGUGCUGCCUGUGGUGAAGCAGGAGAAAGUGGAGAGAGACGACUGCAACCUGGACCUCAAGGUGGAGGUUAACAUCAGGGCGGAAUGUGGCCUUACUGCUGCUCUGGAGCCCAGUGAGGAAGCCCCGCACAGUGAUACUGUCAACAGCAUCAUCUCCUCCACCCAACCCUCCCCAUCUCCUACUGAGACCACAAUGGACCUGACCUGCAGGCCCCGAGCUAAGCGUAAAUCCAACAAGCCUCUAGGCAACACUUUGACAAUCAGCAGUGGGGGGGUCAUGGCCCCCGAGGCUGCUCGUAGGGACCUCGGGGAGAGUCUAACAGAAAGUGUUCUAAAGCCAGAGAUGCCGACGGAGGACACCACAGAGGAAGAGCUCCAUUCUUCUCAGCUGUCGGCCCCUGUAGCACCCGAUGAGCCCAGUCCUGAUCGCCUCAACAGCCUGGGCCUGGACCUGGCCUGGAUGCAGGAGCGGGUCAGCCACCUUGGUGCAGCGUAUGCAGUAGCACAUUUAGGAUUAGGGAACACAGAUGCUGGACACCCCUCUGCCUCCUUCCCCUCGCAGGGGGGAGGUGACAGUUUAGAUGGCCCUCCAAGCAUGCUCUUUACAGGUGGACCCCACGACAUGGCUGCCUUCGCUGCCUCGUUUGACAUGGCUGCCGCCGCUGCAGCUGCUGCUGUGGUAGCUGCCCCACCUCAGGCAGCCGCUCCGGCUACAGCUCCCACCGCCGUGACGAGCAGCCCGAGGCGGCCCUAUAGGAGCGGCGGCCCGGCCGCUAAGGACCCUGUGUUGUGUGCCGUGUGUGGGCGCGUCUUCCCCAGCACAGCGGCCCUGGAGCUGCACCAGCGGGUGCACACGGGGGAGAGACCAUACACCUGCCCCCACUGUGGAAAGGGCUUUGCACAGCCCAACAACUUGCGGGUCCACCUCCUCAUCCACACCGGGGAGCGGCGUUAUCGAUGCACAUUGUGUGGGAAGAGUUUCAUCUCGUCCAGCCACCUGAAGAGGCACCGCACCGUCCACACGCAGGAGAAGCCCUACAGCUGCUCACGCUGUGGACAGUCCUUCAGUCAGAUGUGUAGCGUCCGCAGGCACCGGCAGCAGUCCCAGUGUGGUCUUUAGACCGGUGAAUUACGUCCUGAUCUUGUCUAAUGUGGACAUUUAUGCAGCUCAUGUAGGCAUAAAUAUUCCCAUGACAUCAUGUAGACAUGUUAUGUGCUAGGUCAUAGCAGUAAUAUGUGAUUUUGAUUUGAGUGGUCUACAACAGAGAGCCUCUGUCAGCUCCGAUGAUUCACCAGGUUCCCAUCAGACACAUGUGGGCUUGUGCCAGAACAAAUGCUUGGAUUGUGGCCAAAAAGCUUCUGCCUAAACAGUAUCAACACAACCAAACUAAUCAAACCAACGUACUUAAUUACUUGUGUACGUGACCUUACACACUUCCAACUAUUGCUGAUUGUUUCAGGACUGGAUGAAGGGAAACUGUUCAGGGGAUGAUUGUUGAUUAUUAAUGAUUAUUUAAAUAAUUUGCUUUUCAAGCGUAAAUGAGAUGCAACAUUUAUUAUGAAGACAUUGAGAUAAAUGCAAUACAAAACUGAACAGAUGUGGGCUUUAAUCACAUCAUAAAAUCUAAAACUCAAGAAUCUGACAAUAAACUAAACAGAAACCAGAUCUAAAUGGAUGGUAAAAUGAAUAAGUAUUUUUUCAUUACUUGACACAAUUUUAAAAUAGUGCUCCAAGUCUUUAGAGUUGGUUCAGGUCCGCUGUUUAUUAUAAUCCUUAAAACAUUUGCAAUGUUAAUGAAUGGAUUCAAGCUAAUGACUUCCCCUUUAUCUCUAAGGUUCUCUUUGCUUUACCCUUAAAAACAAGAGUAAAUUAUGUUCUUCAAAAUAUCAGACUCUUCCACACAAGCACUUUAAAUAUUUGACAGAGUUCUAUGAGUCCACUCGGUCUGCUGUUGAAUGGAAAAUGCACCUUUUCGUGUAUGACUGUGCGUCACCCUUACUGUUAAUAUACAGAAUGUGUUGCCUCCUCUUUUAUACUCAAUAGAAGUAGGGGAGUAGGGGGAAGGCUUUAAUGAGAGAUUUAGUGUGUCAUGAGAAGACAUGUUUCCACUGACCAAUCAGGAAAAAACUGCUGUAGGCACAAAGAAGAGUCAGAGCAAACCUGCAGUAACUGUUUCCUUGUUUAACUGUCAAAGGCUGAUGGUUUAACUGUCUUUUUCGUGUGAGUCAUUUGUUCUCUUUAAAAUAUGGAAGGACUGUAAAAAGAUGUAAAGUAAAAUCUAUAUAGAGUGUCAGAGAGUUGUGAUGUACGUGUUGCUGUUUGGAUGCCGUUGACAAGCUGUACGUUCCACAGCCUUCGACUUGUCCCAGUGUUAAAAUGUGUUCCUCAUUAAAUGUGUAAGAGGUUUGCAGUGUACUUCCUUGAGCUGUGAUCUCAUACAGACUUAUCUCUGUUA